AAUUCCAGCAACAAUAUUGGAACAAUUUCUUCCCGUGUAACAAACCAACCCUCUCUGCCUUUGCAACCCCUCUUGGUAUUUCAUACAGAACAUUGAAAUCCAAAUUUCCAAUUUGGUAUCAUUGUUCGUGUAAUGGAGAUUGACACAACCCCAAUUGAUUUAUGCUCCAAGGAACACCUCGACCUUUAUCAAGAGUGGUUCAAUUAUGCAGAUGCAGAUGGUGAUUGUCGUUUUACCGGGAAUGAAGCCACCAAGUUUUUUGCCAUGUCGAACUUGUCCCGACAAGAUCUUAAGCAGGUGUGGGCUAUUGCAGAUUCAAAGAGAGAAGGAUAUCUUGGUAUCAAAGAAUUUGUCAUUGCAAUGCAGCUAAUUUCUCUGGGACAAGCUGGACACCCAAUAACACAUGAUCUUUUGACUAGUGAUGUUUUGAAAAACGCUAAACCACCCACAAUGGAGGGUUUGGAUAAAUUAAUUGCAAAGAAAAAGCGCAAACAUAAAGACAAAGAUCAUGGUAGCACACUGUCAUCAUCUUCAAGUAAUUGGUUUAAUGCAAAGUCAACAAAAAAGAUACCUGAGUCCUCUGUGACAUCAGUUACCGAUGGUUUGAAGAGACUCUACAUUAAGAAGUUGAAGCCUUUAGAAGUUACUUACAACUUUAAUGAUUUUGUAUCUCCUUUAUUGACAAAUAGUGAUUUCGAUUACAAACCUAUGGUUCUGCUUUUGGGUCAAUACUCAACUGGGAAAACAACAUUUAUUAAACAUAUGCUUAAAAGUGAUUAUCCAGGAGCUCAUAUUGGACCUGAGCCAACAACAGAUAGGUUUGUUGUUGUCAUGUCUGGACCUGAUGAGAGAAGUAUUCCUGGUAAUACUGCUGCUGUCCAAGCAGAUUUACCAUUUGGUGGUCUUACAAAAUUUGGCACAUCUUUUUUGUCCAAAUUUGAGUGUUCUCAAAUGCCUCAUCCUCUACUGGAGCAUAUUACCUUUGUGGACAGUCCUGGAGUUCUAUCAGGAGAAAAGCAGCGGACGGAAAGAUCAUAUGAUUUUACCGGUGUAACAUCUUGGUUUGCUGCUAAGAGUGAUUUAAUACUCCUUAUGUUUGAUCCUCACAAACUUGAUAUCAGCGAUGAGUUCAAGCGUGUGAUAGCAUCCCUACGAGGCCAUGAUGAUAAAAUUCGAGUUGUUUUGAACAAGGCAGACCAAGUUGAUACUCAACAACUAAUGAGGGUAUAUGGUGCACUAAUGUGGUCACUUGGGAAGGUGCUGAAUACUCCUGAAGUCAUGCGUGUAUAUAUUGGCUCCUUCAAUGACAAGCCUUUAAAUGAUGCUAUUAGUGGUCCACUUGGCAGUGAACUCUUCGAAAAAGAACAGGAAAACCUUCUUUCAGAUCUCAAAGAUAUACCUAAAAAGGCCUGUGAUCGAAAAAUCAAUGAAUUUGUAAAACGAGCCCGAGCUGCGAAGAUACAUGCUUGUAUCAUCAGCCAUCUGAAAAAGAAGAUGCCUGCCAUGAUGGGGAAAGCUAAAGCUCAGCAAAAGCUUAUUGAUAAUUUGGAGGAUGAAUUUGCAAAGGUACAAAAGGAGUUCCAUCUACCAGCUGGAGACUUCCCAAAUGUUGAUCACUUCAAGGAGACCUUGAAUGGUUACAACAUUGGCAAAUUUGAGAAAUUGAAACCAAAGAUGACACAAUCUGUGGAUGACAUGCUUGCUUACGACGUUCCUAACCUCUUAAAGACUUUCAGAAAUCCCUAUGGUUAAGGUUAUAAGUACUCACUUUGUGAUAAAAAGUUUAUAAAAUUCUUAUGGAUUGGGAUGAAAUUCCAUUCACAUUAUACUCAGUUUGUAUCCAAACAAAUACUAAGUUUGCGAGCAAUUUAGAUAGUGGCACAAGGAUAUACUAAUGUGACAUGCAUCAUCUAAUCCAUGUAUAUUCAAUGGCUUCACCAAUUGCUCUGCUUUUUUAGAGGGAAGGCUGUAAAAUAAGUACUAAUUAUCCGGUGCCUUUUAAUGCAGAAGGGUUUUUUGUUGUUCAAUGAAGAUGUAUUAGUUAUCUCAGAUAAUUUCUUUGUCUUGCGUGGCUCUAAAUACAAUAAACCAGUCACAUUAUUUUCUUGCUAUUCA